AUGGAGGCCUUUUUACGCGAGCAGAAUAGUUGGGAGCUGAAUGUUUCCUCGAGCAACGCAAUGACAAAUGACAGCCGUUUAGGAAACACCUCAGUGAAUCCUUUGAAACGAAAUGAAGAAGUGGCCAAAGUGGAAGUUACCGUCCUCGUCCUGGUGCUGCUUCUAGCUCUGACCGGCAACCUGUGCGUCCUGUUGGCCAUCACCACCUCCAAGCACAGCCAAUGUCGGAUGUAUUACUUUAUGAAGCACCUGAGCAUCGCUGACCUCGUCGUUGCAAUCUUUCAGAUCUUGCCGCAACUUAUUUGGGAUAUCACAUUCCGCUUCUACGGGCCAGAUUUGCUGUGCAGGCUGGUGAAAUACCUCCAGGUCGUGGGUAUGUUUGCAUCUACCUACAUGCUUGUCUUGAUGUCCAUCGACAGGUGCUUAGCAAUCUGCCAGCCACUUCGGUCCGUGCACAGGAGAAACGAUCGCUUCUACGUGGUCGCCUCGUGGACGCUCAGUCUGAUAUUCAGCACACCUCAAGCGUACAUAUUUUCUUUGAGGGAUGUCGGUAACGGUGUGUAUGACUGCUGGGGGGACUUCAUACAACCAUGGGGAGCCAAAGCAUACAUCACGUGGAUGACUCUGAGCAUUUACAUUUUCCCAGUGGCAAUUUUAAGCAUCUGCUAUGGUUUGAUUUGUUUUAAAAUAUGGCAGAACUUCAAUAUAAAAACCAGAAAGGACCAAUUCCUGGCUCUGACUCAGAGGCCCACCAAAGGCUCGCAACAUCUCUGUCGUGUGAGCAGCGUGAGGCUCAUUUCAAGAGCAAAGAUUCGCACUGUGAAAAUGACAUUCGUCGUGGUCCUUGCCUACAUGGUGUGCUGGACUCCCUUCUUCUUUGUCCAGAUGUGGUCUGCAUGGGAUCCUGCUGCACCGAGAGAAGACGUGGCAUUUAUCAUCGCCAUGUUGCUGGCCAGUCUCAACAGCUGCUGUAACCCCUGGAUCUACAUGUUCUUUGCUGGUCACCUGUUUCCUAACCUGAUGCAGUGCUUCUUCUGCUGCUGUAGGCAGUACCUGCCAGCCUCCCCCUGCAGCUGUGAUCAACAGUGCAGGCACAAGAGCAAGUCUUCUACUUGUGUCUUCAAGAACACUAGCAGCCAGAGGAGCCUCACACACACAUCUAGCACAGGGGGGCUGGGACACUGAAGAGGCAGCUGAAAGCCAUCCAGGUUUCUUAUCCGGCAAUCAUGCAGGUCCCCCAUUUCAUCAUCUGCAGUGGCACGACAGUGGCUCAUGGCUACUAUUCUUUUCUUUUUGUAUUGGGCGAGAUAGAUAAUACAAAACCUCUGUGGAUUUCCUAAAAUACCACAUGUUUGACUCCCUGCAACUCCCUUCUCUUACACUUUAUCAUUUCCAGAUGAAUCCUGUAAAUUAGCAUUUUAAAAGUUGUUUGUGUGUCUUCCAAUAGUUUUUUUUCCUAAUUUGAUCCUAAUAAGACAAUCAAUUAUCACAAUAACUAUAUUAAUGUUGCACAAUGACAUUCUGUUGACAAAUCAGUCAUACCCGUACUGCCUUUUAAGAGUGGCAGGGGUCUGGCAGAUUCCAAAAGUAGAUUUGCUCUGUUGAAAUGGUUUAGAAUGUAGUUAGUAUUAUGCUUGUUUACCCCUUCAAAGCAGAAUUACUCCGUGGAUGUUUUCAGCAGUUUGUAGCCCGAUGUGCAGAUCAAACAAUGUUUGUCCUUAAUGAUGUAAUAUAAACAUCACUUUGUCAAUUGUUUCCACUGCUCCUCGUGUGUGUCUACAUGUCAUCUCUUCUAGGUGUUGGUCUUUUGGGGGCAAGCUCAGUUCAUCUUAGUGGGAUCACCCUUGAAUAAUAGUUCCCCCUUGUGGUAACUUUGAAUUAGUCCAACAAAUGGUGUUUUUUCUCUGCUCAGUUUCUUUUGCUGUACAUUUGAGGCAUUAUAUCAACUGCUUAACUUACAGUAUGACAUGGAGAAAAUCAGUGUCUGGAUGUGUGUUUGAAUUGUUCUUUAACUGUAUAUAUCCUGGUAGGUUGUCUACAAAACAUUGUGGUUCUGGGCAACAUCCAGAGGGAGCAGCUUAAAA